AUAGGUCCAAGGCAGUGCAUUUUAAAUUGUUAUGCUUUGUUCACUAAGGCUAGUUCUACAUCUCAAUUACAGGAUCCAUUUGCACGAGCCAAGAACUGGGUUCUAGAAUUUCAAAAGCAAGGGAAUCCUAACAUGGUUGUGGCUCUUGCUGGUAACAAAGCUGACCUGGAAGAUAAGAGGAAAGUGACAGCUGAAGAGGCACGAACAUAUGCUGAAGAAAAUAAUCUAUUUUUCAUGGAAACAUCUGCCAAAACUGCAAUCAAUGUAAACGACAUGUUUUAUGAAAUAGCAAAGAGGUUACCGAGGGCUCAGCCUGCUCCAAACCGGGCAGGGAUGGUGCUUGUGGACAGACCUGCAGAAGGAUCCAGAACUGCUGCAUCUUGUUGUUCCUAAAGCAUUGGUGUUGUGAUUCUUCUUCCUUUAACUUAGCAUCUUCUGUGUUUUCUGUGGCUUGUCUUUUGCACUUCAGUGGCACACUCUUAGUUGUAGCUCCCUCAAGUAGUAGUAUGGGCAGUGUAUAUAUAAUACACACGCGCCUUGGAAUUGAAAACUUUUGGUGGCUUGAUUUGUUCAAUACAUGGGGUGGAUGGAAUCCAUGAAACUCUCAGCUCUCUCGCAUCAAAACAUGUGUGAAUAACUUCAAUCUUUUUAUUAGCUGCAAGCUGUUUGAAUUUUAAUUUAUCAUAUUAUUCUUGACUAGUCA